AUGGCUCAAAACGAUAAGAAACAAAGCGGAGUUGCAAGAUUGUUAGGUUCUGCCUCUGCCGGUAUACUGGAGAUUGGUGUAUUCCAUCCAGUGGACACGAUCUCGAAGAGAUUGAUGUCAAAUCACACCAAAAUCAGCUCCAGCGGUCAAUUGAACGGCGUUAUCUUUCGCGAACAUGCCGGUGAAGCCUUGAGCAAGCGUGUUUUGACCCUGUUCCCUGGUCUUGGAUAUGCGGCAGUUUACAAAGUUUUGCAGAGAGUAUACAAGUAUGGUGGUCAGCCUUUUGCGAAUGAGUUUUUGAAUAAUCACUAUAAGGCCGAUUUUGACAAUGCAUUUGGUCCUAAAACUGGUAAAGCUUUGAGAUCCGCAACUGCGGGUUCUUUGAUAGGGAUUGGUGAGAUCGUGUUGUUGCCCUUGGAUGUGUUAAAGAUCAAGAGGCAAACCAAUCCUGAAUCCUUCAGAGGGAGAGGCUUUAUCAAGAUUCUGAAAGACGAAGGGCUAUUCAAUCUGUACAGAGGUUGGGGCUGGACUGCGGCAAGAAAUGCGCCGGGGUCUUUUGCGCUAUUUGGGGGUAACGCUUUCGCCAAGGAAUACAUUCUGGGCUUACAGGACUACUCUCAAGCUACCUGGGGGCAAAAUUUCGUCUCCUCGAUCUUUGGUGCUUCUGCCUCGCUAAUUGUCUCCGCACCACUAGACGUUAUUAAAACGAGAAUUCAAAAUAGAAACUUUGAUAAUCCUCAAAGUGGUUUCAACAUCGUCAAGACAACCUUGAAAAAUGAAGGUUUUACUGCUUUCUUCAAGGGUUUGACUCCUAAGUUACUCACAACAGGCCCAAAACUCGUCUUUUCCUUUGCUCUAGCUCAAUCAUUUAUUCCAAUGUUUGAGAACUUAUUGAAAAAAUAA